AUGGGUUUCUUCAGAUCGGCAUCGAGCACAGCUGCGGAGCCUUCCAAGGCUGACGGCGGGCUGGCCGUCCCGCUGCCUGUGCGGUCGGCGUCCUCCACCGCCGCGGAGGGUGUGACGGCCGACUCGGUCGUCGAGCCCAAGCUCCCCGUCGUCCCCGAACCGAGCAACGAGCUGCCCGUCACGUACUCUAUCACCGCUGUCGCGCCGGAGGACUCGGAGAUCCCGGUGCGGGAGUACACCGACAGCCAGCUCGCCGACAUCGACGACCUGCGCGAGUACACCGACGAGCUCAUCCUGCCCGAAGACGACGAGUACUAUCCCUGGGAGCGGCGCUUCCUCUCCGAUCCCGGCGUGCAUGCGCGCUAUAUGCGCGCGGCGAAGUGGCACAUGGCGGACGCGAAGAAGCGCAUCAAGGCGACGAUCGAGUGGAGGAGGGAGUAUCGGCCGGAUUUGAUCGAGCCGGGCGAGGUGGAGCCCGAGAACGAGACGGGCAAGAUCGUCCUCUCCGGGUUUGACAGACAAGGAAGACCUCUCCUCAUCAUGCGCCCGGGACGACAGAACACAAAGGAGUCGCCCCGGAUGGUCCGGUACACCGUGUGGUUCCUCGAGCGCUGUAUUGAUCUGUGUCCGCCCGGCCAAGAACAGCUCGUCAUCUUCCUUGAUUACGCGUCCAUCUCGUUCUCGGAGCGCACGAGCAUGCACAUGUCGCGCACCGUGCUGCACAUUAUGGCGAACCACUACGUCGAGCGUCUCGGGCGGGGUAUCAUCGUCAACGCUCCGUGGUUCUUCGGCGCGUUCUACUCUGCCAUCUCGGCCUUCAUCGACCCCGUGUCGCGGGACAAGGUCCGCUUCAACCCCAACCUCGACGAGCUGAUCGCCGCCGACCAGCUCGAGAGCGACUACGGCGGGCAGGUCAACUUCAAGUACGACCACGGCGUGUACUGGAAGGAGCUGAGCGAGUGGGUGAAAUGUUAUGAAUUUUGCAGGCUCGCGCCAGACGGCGGCAGGCUCGACCUGCAAGGCAGGCCGUGGGUCGCGCCGACCGGCUUGGGGAUCAAGCAUGCCGUCGACCAGCUGGGCGUCGAGAGCGAGGAGUCGACGCUGGCGGGCACGGCGAACGGGACGAAGGAGGCGACGGCCGAGCCUGAGGUUGUUGCGCCGGCUGCCGUUGAGGCCGUGGCGGCUACUGCAUAG